AUGGCCUUGGAACCGCUGCUUCGCCGAUCAAGCCAGGCGAGCCAUGAACCUUGGACCCAUUGUGCCAUCUGCAUAUGGCCUCGAACCGCUUCUACACCUCGCCGCCUUUCCGCGAUCGCUUUACUCUCUUGCCUGACUGUCGCGUUCUGUCGACAUCAUUGUGCCAAAGAUGUUCGCCAAGACUGCUACCCGAAAUUGAACGGUCUGUUACCUCUCUUGGACGAUUUCUCCCACUCGAAAUCGUUUGAUUCCACGGCGUCGCCCGUCCACACCAGUGAGCUUUGCCGUCACGUGAAAGACCUUGAGGAACGCCUGGAAGCCACAGCCAAGGAGCACGCCACGAUCCAGAACUGGCUGCUCGCGCAAUUGGUUGCUCAAAAUGGCGUGAAAUCGGCCGCCAUUCCCGAUGUCUCUGCGGGAGACUCCAGAUUGGACGCCUGUCUGAAGAGGAUGGGAGAGCUUGAAAAGGAGGUGGAGGCCAGACGGAAGGCGCAGGAGGCCCGUCAAAACGACCAAGACUUCAUGACGUUUGAAGAUGGCGAGAAUUUGGACGCAGAAUUUUGGGCUCUUGCCAGUUUCCUCCCUAUUGGACCUGUGGAGAGUGACUUUGGAGAGAGCGAAGAGGGUGCUGAGGUACCUCUUGAGGAGGUGAUGGGCGAAGAAAAUAAGACCCCUGAGGAGCCUGGAUUGCAGCUUUCUCACGUCAGCAAUCCGAAUUUCAUGAUAUAUCAGGAAGAGGUGGACUUGGAGUCGGAGAUCUUUACUUCGCCCUUUGUACCCUAA